GCAGAACAGCAGCUAAAAGUAGCAGAACAGCAGCUAAAAGUAGCAGAACUGCAGUUAGAAGUAGUAAAACAGCAGCUAAAUAAAAGUUGGUCCCAUCCUGUUUGCUGCUGUCCGUAAGGUCAGGGCUUUUACUUUGAAAGUCAGACUCUGAGCCAAAGCACGCUUCCUGUUUGGGUUCGUCGCUCCGGUUGUCCGUGUUUGAUGUUGUCCGUGUUUCCAGCAUCAAAAUGACCAAACUGCAGCUGCUGAACGCCUACCUGACGGAGCGGCUGACGGCGGUGGUGAAGGAGGUUCUGGACGUGGUGGAGGACACGGUGGCCGAGUACCGGGAGGAGACCGCCAGAACCAGGCGGGAGAACGAGAGCCUGCGGAGGCAGCUGCGGGACAUCCUGCUGCUGGAGGCCGAGACCGAGUGGCUGAGGUCCACCCGGUCAGGUCUGGGUUUUGUGGCUCCAGAAAAGAACCCUGGUGAUCCAGAAGCCAGGACCUGUUCAGAGGAGCCAGACUCCACCCUGAACCAGUCUCAGCAGCCGCAGCUGGUUCCGGUCCAGAAGGAAACGCAGCCGGCGCCGGCUCACCUGCCAGGAGACCAGAAACCUGCUGAUCUCUGGGAACCGUCACAAAAACCUGAACCGGUUCGGGAGGCGUUUGGCAGAACUUCACCUCUCCAGCCUCAGCCCUCCCUGAACCCACCCACAAUGCACCUGGACGGCCCGACGCUCGGUGAGGAGCUGGCGGCGCGGAUCAAAACUGAACCACAGGAGGGUUCUGGCGGGUCGGUGACGGCGAGCGUCCUGGUCCCUGUAGAAGAAUCCAGUUUCAGCCGACUGGAGGCAGACCCGACGGUUCAGGACGCUCACGGGAACAGGAAGUCGUCUGAGGAAACGCAGCCGACCGACGAGGUCGCGGGUCUGAUCCCAGAGCUGGUCCACCGCUGCCCGCGCUGUGGCGAGGCGUUCGGCCACGCCUCCGGCCUCAGACUGCACCUGGAGCAGAAGAGGAAGACCUACGCCUGCGACUGGUGCUGCAAGUCCUUCGCUCAGUCCGCCGACCUGCGGCGCCACCUGCGCACGCACACGGGCGAGCGACCGCACCGCUGCACCUUCUGCUCCAAGAGCUUCAGCCAGAGAGGAAACCUGCGGCGCCACCUGCGCAUCCACACAGGUGAGCGGCCCUACAGCUGCCCGUUCUGCUGCCGCACCUUCAGCGACGGAGACACCAUGAAGAAGCACAAACGCACGCACUCCGGAGAGAAACCGUACCGCUGCGCGCGCUGCUCCAGGACCUUCAGCAGCGCCGGCGGCCUGCAGCUGCACCUGAAGAAGGACCUGUGCUUCGUCAGCAGCACCUGAUGGCGCCGGCCGCCCAGCACCUGGACCAGAACCACCUGGGCUCGGCCUGGAGUCGCUUCCUGUUCAGGUCCAAACUGUCAGGAAGUCUGAAGACCUCCGGGAACAAACGGAUCAGAACCGAUGGUGUUCUGUGUCCAAAUGUUCCCCGAGGAGACCCCGAGUCCACCGCACUGCAUUUCAGAACCAGAACCAGACCAGUACCUGCGCUGACUCAGAAUCCGGGUCACUGCUGCUACAUCCAGACCAGUUCUGAGGUUCCUUUGUAGCAACAGGAAGUAAAAUAAAAUCUUUUCCUGGUCAGAA